AUGUUUCCCCGAAGCGUUAUCCAGAGCGCCCGCGUGUGUCUCACGUCGUUCUACCUCCUCCUGAUCUUGAUCACGAUCCCCAUAUCAUUCCAGGUGGGAGGACUGUACUGUGGGCUAUCAUUCACUGUCACGCUGUUCAACUUGUAUUUGAUAACCACCACACUCAAAAUCGCGGCUCGCGCGCGUGGCCUAGCAAAGCUCGCCAGCGCUGCAUACUAUGCCCAGCACUUUUUCAUCCCGUCCCUGCUUUUUCUGUUUCUUUCGGGAUUCUCCAACGACGAGCUGAAGCGGCAGAUCGAUACUAACACCCGGCCCGAUGAGUCGCUAAUCGACCUUUUGCGCAGCACUACACAGUCCCAAACGUGGGUGUUCUACUAUUAUUACUACCAAUAUGUCGUGCGCCCCUGGCAGUUCAUGCUUUUGCGGUCUACGCCUUACUUCACGCUCUUGGAGGGCUUCUUCACCGUCCUGGGCAUUCAGGCCGUUGGAGAGACCAACAGGUGGCUGUCGCGGGGCAACGGUUCCAACAUGUGGGUUAUUUCGGGUCUGAUGGCAUCUGGAGGCGUCAUCACGGCUGCACUUUACUACUUAUACCGCAUCUACGUGACGCCCAUUUGGGAGCUCUCUGUCCAGACUGCGUCCUUGCUAGGUUUUACCUUUUCAAUCGUCUCAGGUUUAGGGAUCUACGGCAUUGUUUCAGGCCGCGGGUCCACGAUAGAAUCUUCGCUGUUUUUUGCGUACAUAGUACGUUGCCUGUACGAAAUAUCUCCACAGCUUGCGACGAGUGCCAUGGACGAGAUAUUCACGCUUGUCAAGGAAACUUGGCACAACCAGCACCGCAGUCUGCGGUCGUCGGAUACUUUGCUAACAUACUACCGCGAUAUCAUACUGAAGAAUGGCGAGAUGGUUUGGGACGCGAUUCUGGCUCGCACCAACGUCAACGUGGGUGCGUCCGGGACGCCAGUAUGGGCUUCCUGGAACCGCGUUCAGCCCCUGUGGAAGUUUGUUAAGCACUUUACAUCGAGCGUUCCUAGCUCCAUCCAAGAAAUAUUUUAUUUGACCCUCGAAAUGGCUCGCGAAGCGAUUGCACCCGCUGUCGUGAUUAACUUGUGUUUCCGCAUCCUGAUCUUCUACUCCGCCACGAGGAUAAUACCGGCGCUCCAGAAAAAACACAAGCGCCGAUCACGCAGGUUUAUGCGCAUGCUAUACUGGUACAGCCCCUGCAUCGUAAUCGCCAUGUACACGCAUCUGAUUCUACAAUACUCAGGCCAAAUCAGCAACGACUUGUGUCUGUGGGGGUGCUUCCCGUGGUCCGUCCCGGACACUCCUAAGGUCGUCGUAGAUUCCUGGGGUUUUUGGAACUGGUGCAACAUAUUUUGCACAAUGGCCAUUUACGCUUCCGAGCUACUGGGCAGCAAAAGCUGA